AUGUUCCAUUUGGCUACGUCUUUGUAUACCCAGUAUACCAAAAGAGAGCAGUACAAUAUUCUUAUCUUGGGAUUGGACAAUGCUGGAAAAACCACAUUUUUAGAACAUGUUAAGUUACUAUAUGCUUCGGCCAAUGAGACAGCUGUCAAAAAGAAACCACUGAAGUCUGGCGAAGAGUCGCGAUCCACAGCUGACAUCUUGAAGACUAAACGUAUUCUACCAACUGUGGGCCAGAACACAACCACAAUCAAAUUCGAGGCUCUGAGUGGCUCUGAAUUGGCUUCACAGUUCAAAAAUGUAAACCUCAAGUUUUGGGAUCUUGGUGGCCAACGAUCGUUGAGAAACAUGUGGUCCAGAUACUACCAUUCGUGCCAUGGUAUCAUUUUUAUCAUAGACUCGACAGAUACAGCCCGUUUCCAGGAAUGCUAUGAGACGUUGAUUGAAAUUGCACAUGAUGAAUCAUGGAACAACAGAGAGUAUGGGGAAGGUGAAGGUACUGUCAAUGUGCCCAUCCUCAUGUUGGCCAACAAACAGGACUUGCCCCAGGCGGUAGAUUUAGUAUCGUUGAAAACCGGAGUAUUUAUCCAGUUGGUUAGUGAGUUAGAAGCUACCGAUUCCAAACUUUUACCUGUAUCAGUGUUGGAAAACCAAGGGUUGAAGGAGAGUUUGGAGUGGUUAGUUACAAGAUUGAUAUACAACAAGAGCAGCAGGAUGCCCCAAUACAGUUGA